UGAAGUGGUCCUUAGUAGAUAAGAACCUCGAUGCUAGAAGCCUUAAACAGACAGACCCUCAGUCCACGUUCAUGGGAGAAACGUCUGGGACAUACAACGCUGUCAUUCGUGCCAUUUCUCUUACACGUAACGGAACCUCUCACUGUGGCAAGCGCAAGACACCACCCAAGAUGGCCAAGGUCACCACGGCCGGAGAGAACGCGGAGCUACAACUGCGUAACGAAGCUGCCCACCGAGUAUGCUUUUACACGCCGGCUCAAAAUCCGCUUGCCGGGACUGCGGUGACACCACAGCCAAGCGGGAAGCCCGUGCCCAAGCUUUUCACUCGGCUCCAAAUACGCGGCAUGACGAUGCAGAACCGCAUCAUGGUCAGCCCCAUGUGCCAAUACAGCGCCCACGAGGGGUUUUCACACGAUGUGGCAUGUCACCCAUCUAGGCGGGAUCGUCCAGCGCGGAGUCUGACGGUAGUCGAGGCGACAGCCGUGCAAACCAACGGGCGUAUCACGCCCGAGGACUCCGGGCUCUGGCUGGACGCCCACAUCGACCGUCUGCGCGAGCACGUCGUCUUCGUGCACAGCCAGGGCCAGAAGAUCGCCAUCCAGCUGUCCCACGCCGGACGCAAGGCGUCGACCGUCGCCCCCUGGCUAAGCCGCGGCGCCGUGGCAAGCCCCAGCGCAGGCGGGUGGCCCGACGACGUGGUGGCACCGAGCGCAAUGGCCUACGACGCACACCACUCAUCGCCGCGCGAGAUGUCGCUGGCCGAGAUCGAGCAGCUCAAGACCGACUUCGUCGCUGCGGCACGGCGGGCCGUGCGCGGGGGCUUCGACGCCAUCGAGAUCCACGGCGCCCACGGCUACCUGCUGCACCAGUUCGUCAGCCCGGCCUCGAACCUGCGGACGGACCACUACGGCGGGCCCUUCGAGAACCGGGUGCGGCUCGCGCUGGAAAUCGCCGAGUUGGUGCGCGCGGCCAUGCCCGAGACCAUGCCGCUGAUGUACCGCCUUAGCGCGACCGACUGGCUCGAGGAGGAUGCCGACGCCGGUCCCGGGUGGACGGUUGACGACAGUGUCCGGCUGGCCCCGCUGCUGGCCGACCGGGGCGUUGACAUGCUCGAUGUGACCAGCGCCGGCAAUCACCCGCAGCAGAAGAUCAAGGGCGGGCCGGCGUACCAGGCGCCCUUUGCCAAGACCAUCAAGAAGGCGGUGGGAAACAAGAUGCUCGUUGGCACGGUUGGCGCCAUCACCACGGGCACGCUGGCGGAGGAGUUGGUCAGCGGCGGUGAGAACGGCGACGAUGUGCCGCUGGAUCUCGUGGCCGCCUGGAGGAUGUUUCAGAAGAACCCCGGCUUGGUAUGGGCUUGGGCCGAGGAGUUGCAGACUUCCAUCUAUCUGCCCAAGCAAAUCGGCUGGGGCUUUGGCGGGAGAGCUAGGAAGCCGAGCCACCAUUGAGAGCGGGCACCCUUGGAGUCUAUGCUCUGGCAAUGAUUGUAGUCCACACAGGGAACACCGUGAUAUUACAGGAUCCUUCACUGUAGAAGGUUAGCCCGGAUUCUGAGACGUAGAGAAACCAUUAGCAUCAUGCUGGACUGCCGGGCCG